GUAUAUAUAUAUAUAUUGGAGAUAUGGCGACCGCAGAAGCAGCACCAGCCACUCUUGGUCCAAGAUAUGCACCUGAUGAUCCUACUCUACCCAAACCGUGGAAGGGGCUGAUUGAUGGAAGCACUGGCCUGCUGUAUUAUUGGAAUCCUGAGACCAACGUCACCCAGUAUGAAAGACCUGCUAGUUUGCCUCCACCCUUGCCACCUGGUCUGCCUCCUGCAGUUUCCACACCUAAGCUAGCUCCAAUUCCAGUUGCCCACUCAGUGCAACCUAAUGGUGUGGUGGCACAGAUGGGCCAAAAGCAAGUCCCCCAGGGUGCACAACAGCAGGGGCAACAAAUGAGCCAGCUACCUCAACAGCAAGGUUCAAUGGUACUGCAGGGUUCUGACCUGCAGGGACAACAACAACCAAGUUCACAAAUGGGACAGCCCAUACAACAACCUGGGCAGUUCAUUCCACAGCAAAAUAGGCCACAGAUAAUUCAACAUUCAAAUCAGCAAAUGAUGUCUCAAAUGGGGCAGCAAAUGCCUCAACAGCCAAGUCAGCAUUUGCCACAGCAGCAAGGCCAGCAACCAGGACAGCUGAUGCCCCAACAGGCCAUUCAUCAGAUGCCUCAGCAGCUAGGGCAGCAAACAAUGCAACAUCAGAACUCUCAAAUGGCACAACCCCAAGGACAUCAAUAUGCACAUCAGCAUUUGCAGUAUAUGGCAUAUCAACAAAGUGUGCUUCCAAAGGGGCAACAGAGUUCUCAGCCGCGUGGUGCACAGGGUCAACAGUAUCCAAAUCAAGAAGAUUAUAAGGCAGCACCUCCCAAAAGGGAGGAUGUUGAUUUUCAACUAGGAAAUCAAACUGGGUUUUCUCCUUCCCAGUUUCAACAGAUGGGCAUGUCAUCUUCUCAGAACGUCUCUUCUGGAACCAAUUCGGUACAGAUGCCACAGACAGGUUUAUAUUUGGGUCAAGCUCAGCAGUUUACUGGCUCUUCCAUCAAUAUGCAGCAGCCAACCCCUAUGGCACAUUCACAACAGUCUGGAGCAGAUUUGGUUCACCAGCAGCAGGGUCGUAGGUUUCAGAAUAAUAUGGGCCCAGGCAUCAUGCAGUCUAAUAUUCCUCCAUCAGGUUUAAACACCAGUUAUGAAGAUAAUCUACAUGGCAGGGCUGGAAAAGAUGGGCCAAUGAUGGGUCCACAGCAGCCUUCACUUUCAGCUAGACCCAUGGAGAUGAGGGUGGGUGGUCUGCCACCUCAAAAUGUCAUACCUGGUCAUGGUGGGGGAUUCAAUGCUAUAGCAGGGCAUGCCAUGCAUAACAUGUAUGGUCAUGCUGGUCCACCUUAUUCAAAUAAUGCCUUGAUGAGGCCCACAUUUGUUGGAUCUGCAGAUACUGCUAGUCUGUCUCCCGCUGAAGCAUAUCGUAAACAGCAUGAAGUCACGGCAACGGGAGACAAUGUUCCAGCACCAUUCAUAAGAUUUGAAGACACUGGUUUCCCUCCGGAGAUACUGAGAGAGAUUCAUUCUGCUGGUUUCUCAUCUCCCACACCAAUACAAGCACAAACAUGGCCCAUUGCACUACAAAGUCGGGAUAUAGUGGCAAUUGCUAAAACAGGUUCUGGUAAAACAUUGGGCUACUUGAUUCCUGCCUUCAUUCUUCUGAGGCAACGACGUAAUAACCCUCAGAAUGGCCCAACAGUGUUGGUUUUGGCUCCAACACGGGAGCUUGCUACACAAAUACAAGAAGAGGCCAUUAAAUUUGGCCGAUCUUCAAGAGUCUCUUGCACGUGCUUGUACGGUGGAGCUCCAAAGGCUACUCAAUUGAAAGAGUUAGAUCGAGGAGCUGAUAUUGUAGUGGCAACUCCAGGUCGGCUAAAUGACAUCCUUGAAAUGAGGAAGAUUGACUUUGGGCAGGUUUCACUCCUUGUUCUUGAUGAGGCAGAUCGAAUGCUUGAUAUGGGUUUUGAGCCCCAGAUCCGUAAGAUUGUAAAUGAGAUACCUCCUCGCAGACAAACUCUGAUGUACACGGCAACCUGGCCCAAAGAAGUUAGAAAAAUAGCAAGUGACCUCCUUGUCAGUCCUGUCCAGGUGAAUAUUGGCAGUGUUGAUGAGCUUGCUGCCAACAAGGCUAUCACACAGUAUGUUGAGGUCGUUCCCCAGAUGGAGAAGGAGAGGCGCCUGGAGCAGAUUCUCCAAGCUCAAGAACGUGGUUCAAAGGUUAUUAUUUUUUGCUCCACUAAGAGGUUGUGUGACCAGCUUGCUCGUAGUCUUGAACGUAACUUUGGAGCUGCUGCAUUCCAUGGUGAUAAAUCUCAGAAUGAAAGGGACUGGGUUUUGAGUCAGUUCCGAACCGGGAAAUCCCCAAUAUUAGUUGCCACUGAUGUUGCUGCCCGUGGGCUUGACAUAAAAGAUAUAAGGGUGGUUGUUAAUUAUGAUUUCCCUACUGGGAUUGAGGACUAUGUACACCGAAUUGGAAGAACUGGAAGAGCAGGUGCAACUGGUGUGUCAUACACCUUUUUCUCUGAGCAGGACUGGAAGUAUGCCCCUGAUUUGAUUCAAGUUCUGGAGAGAGCUAACCAGCAUGUGCCCCCUGAGGUACGAGAGAUAGCUUCUCGUGGUGGGCCUGGUUUUGGGAAGGAUCGAGGUGGAUUGAAUAGGUUUAAUUCUCCUGGUGGUAGUGGUGGGCGAUGGGAUUCUGGAGGCCGGGGUGGUAUGAGGGGUGGUAGCUUCACUGGUCGUGGUGGAAUGAGGGAUGGUGGCUUUGGUGGCCGUGGCAGUAUGAGAGAUGGUGGUUUUGGCGGGCGUGGUGGUAUUAGGGAUGGUGGAUUCAGUGGUCCUGGAGGGAGGGGUGACCCAUUUUCUGGGCGUGGAAACAGGGGACGUGGAUUUGGUGGCCAUGUUGGUUGGGGCAGGAAUGAGAGAAGCUUGCAUGAUCGGUACAAUAGUUUUGAUGGGCGAGGACGUGGCCGUGGACGGGGACGGUUUGAUAAUAGAAGAGGCAUUGCUGAUAGGAGUAGGGGCAGAAGUUAUAGCCGUAGUCCUGAAAGGGUUCGAACAUGGCGUUAUUCUAGAAGCCACAGCCGCAGUCGCAGUCGGAGCAGGACUAGGAGCUGGAGUCGAAGCAGAAGCAGAAGCUGGUCUCAUGGUCGUAGCUACAGCCGAAGCCGUAGCUACAGCCGUAGUCCUGGCCGAAGCCGUAGCUACAGCCGUAGCCCUGGCCGUAGUCGUAGUCGAAGCCAUAGCCGUGGCCGCAGUCAAAGCCGUAGCCAUAGCUAUGACAGAUAUGAGAAGCCAAGUGAACAGAACUUGGACCAAAAGGAUGUUGCAAAGCCAGAACUUGAUGCUCAUCGUGUGUCAGUAAUGUCUCCUAUGUCGCCGGGUACACAAGGCAAUCCAUUGCCCGAAAAUGAUUCCAUAAAACCAUUACAUGCUGUCGAGAGUUCUGAGCUACUUCAUGAAGAGGUGGGUGCAGACCAAGUGUAUCCAUCAGUGAAUGAGCCCUAAGUUCUGUUUUUGCUGCUUGGCAUCUAGUUUUGGCUUAUUCUCUAUUCUGACCCCAACUCAUGUUGGUACUGGAUUCGUAUAGUGUGAUGAUGCAGAUAAUGACUUAAGAACUGGUUUGGAGUGGUGGAAAUCAUAAUCAAACCAGCUGAACUGACAUGCUGCUGCUUUUGGGAAUUUCUGUUUUAGGGUCACCAACGGUAGUUUUUUGUUAUCCAAUGGUAGCAACAUUCCGCUGGAAGACUUUGUGAUUCAUCGUGUUGGUGGUUAAUCAUGUGUUAUGCAGUGACAUGUUGGAUGAGUAACUGCCAUACUCAGAAUUAUUCAUUGCAAUUAAAUUUCUGAAACUGCAUCAUGAAUUUGUUAUAGGAAAUGCUUUGAAAUCUCUUGUUAUUUGUCAU